AUGGCGCCGCCGUCAAACGCCCCGCCGCCGGGCGCCAACGGCGUGCUGCCCGUGCCUGCCGCCGCUCUGCAGAAAAACACCACCCCGGCUGCCGCCAACGGUGCGCCCCGCGCCGCCACCAAUCGCUCCCACCAGCCGCGCCUUAAGCUUGUCGUGCGCCGCCUGGCCCCGGCCCUGACGCAGCAGGAAUUCGAACUCGCCAUGGGCGACGAGUGGAAGCUGGGCCAGGGCAAGGUCGAUUGGUUCACCUACAAGGCCGGCAAGAUUUCCAAAGACCUGGCAAAGCCUUCGAAGCCAUCUCGUGCCUACUUCCGCCUGACUGAUCAAGCCCACGUCGUGCCUCUUGCCGACAAGGUGCGCAAGACUGCCUUCAACGACGCGAAGAACUCCACGAGAGACCCCGUCCUGAUCGGUCCCCCCACCGUCGAGUUCGCCCCCUUCAGCCGCACUCCCGGAGGCCGUCGCCGCAACGAUGCUCGCCAGGGCCUCAUCGACCAAGACCCAGAGUUCAAGGACUUUCUCGAAAGCCUUACCAACCCGGCCCCGAAGCCUGCGCCAGUUGACAAUGUGGUUGAUGAUGCGACUGUGAAGAAGGAGGAGGUCAAGACGACCCCGCUGAUUGAGCAUUUGAGGGAGAAGAAGGCUGCCAAGGAGAAGCCACAACCCGCCAAGGGCCAGGGCAAGCACACACGGGGAGAGUCUAAGGAUGAAAAGGCAACUUCCAAGUCUGACAAGAAGAGCCGCAAGAGUGCCAAGGAAGAGAAGAGCAGCAAGCAGUCUAAAUCUGAGAAGGCCGCAAAGGAGUCCACCCCGAAGGAGGUCAAGAUUCUGAACAAGGGAUCAGCAAGCAAGAACGCAGAUGCUGAAAAAACGGACGAGACCAAGCCUGCUGCUCCCAGUGCGCCAGCUUCAGAGCGCAAGCGUGAACGUGGCAGCACGAGCAUUGCCAAGCAGAUGCUUCAGAGAGACCUGGGUAUUGGUCCUGCCGCUGGUGGCCGUCGCGGCCGCCGAGACGCUGCCCAAGAGCCCGCGAAAGCUGCUGAGAGUGCAACACCUAAGGAAGCCGCUUCGUCACCAGCUUCACCUUCGCCUGCUACUAACAACGCUACACCCCCUUCCAACCCUAGCAAAGCAGGCUCGGAAUCCCGCUCUGGCAAGAAGGAUUCUCGCCCUACGCGUGCGGAACGUCGUGCUCAAAAGGCAGCAAAAGCCAACGCUGAGGCCGCCGCUGCCGAUCAGACCAAGCCUGCUGCAGCUGCCACACCGCCCACAGGACCCAAAAUACUCAAGAAGCCUCAAAAUGCACAGCAACAGAACCAACAGGCCACACCUGCAACGACCACCCCCGUCAACGACGGUUCGGCCAACGCUCCCCCGCCCAAAGCACCCACCGGCCCCGCCGCCCAGCAGAACUCACCGGCAACUUCACGCCCCAACUCCUCCCGCAAGGCCAAUAACAACAACAACGCUUCCGCCGCGCCAACCGCUGCCGCACCAGUCGCCAGCACCGCUCGUCAAGCCUUCCUCAAGCACGCCAACCCCUCGCAGGGCAUCACGGAGCCCCUUAUCGAAGCCGCGCUCUCCGUUUUCGGCGCCGUCGACAAGGUUGAGAUCGACAAGCGUAAGGGCUUCGCGUACGUCGAUUUCAAGGAGCCCGAGGGCUUGCAGAAGGCCAUCCAGGCCAGCCCCGUCAAGGUCGCCGAGGGCGCCGUUCAGGUGCUCGAGCGCAAGGACAAGACGCCCGCUCAGCGUGCACCCAGAGUGCAGCCGCCCGCCGGUCCCGCCGCCGGCGCCGGUGGCCCGAUGGUUGGAGGUGGAGGAGCAGGAGGAGCGAGUGGUGGUCGGGCCGGUUUCAGGGGUGGUCGCGGUGGUCGUGGCCGUGGUGGUGGAGGAGGCGGCGGCGGGGCGAACGCGUCUCCCGCUAACGCUGCCGCCCCAGCUGCUGCUGCCGCGCCCAAGGCUCAGGCCGCCGCUGCUGAUACGCCGUCCUAA